AUGCACCGAACCGGUUUGGUGCAGUACCAUUGGCAUUGGGUGCCUGCCCAUUCCAGAGGCCAGCAGAAGGUGCUCACGCCAGCAUUCAGUAAUGCGGCCAUUCGGAAACUCACAUUGGUGUUUUAUGACUCAGCAUACAAGGCCAAAGGAAAAUGGGAUACUGCCAUUGAAUCGAGCAAGGAUGGUGAUGCUGUAAUCGAGGUCCAGAACUGGAUGAAUCAUAUACAUAUGUUGGCGGAGGAAGUAGUGGCUCAGAUGAAGGUCUUGCUUCUCGCGGGUUAUGAGACAACAUGCAUCAGUCUUACGGCUGCGCCUCCACCCCCUCCCGCUCCUCAGCGCAUACUUCUGGAGUCCUUUGCUGUUGUUUGCACCCCAAAGUUCAGUCCCUACUUUGGAAUUUUCCACCUCACCGACCCCCCAGGCUUGCAAACAAUCUUGGACUGCAAUGUUAAGGAAGCCUUCCACCCACACCCAGAGGUACCGAUCUGCACAGACGCAGACGAGGGGCAUGUGCAAAUGAAAGACAUCCCGCUGGAGAUCCAUUUCUGGCACUUGGCAUCUGUACAAUCCGCAUCCGUUACCCCCUACAUGCACAUGCCUUCGUAUCAGAUACUACGGCACUUGCAUGUCUACGUUAAGCAUACACGAGACGUUGUCAAUGUCUUCUGCGCCCAGAGCAAGCCUAUUCUAGGAACCAAGAAGAAGUUCCAAGUGCUACAGAGGCAAGUCAAUGCACAUGAACGGGAGGUACAACACGCGAUCCGUGAGAAAGAGGCCCGCAAGAAACUCAAGGCCUGUCAGAAGAAGGGCGCAAUUAUGUGUCCUGAUGGUACUGCCGGACGACAUUUCAAUUUACAGCACGCUAUGAAUCUAGAUGGUAAGGAUACUAUGUAUAAGAAAAUUCAGUACAAGAUCAUUGAAAUUGCCAAGGAUAAUGGUUUACACCUCGAGACCACCAUUAGAUACCAGCCGCCGACACUGCUAGGCACCAUAAUCACAUUGGCCAUGCUCGAAAUCCCAUACCUCACACACUUCAAGGACGGCUGGCCCGUCAAAGAUUUUUUGCAACAAUUCUUGCAAAAUCACGCCAACUAUAGGAGAAGGAUGGGUUACGAUGCACCCAGCUCAAACAAGAUCACACUCUCGAUCCCUAACAAGUCGACUCAGACGCAUACAUCCACUGGUCGUGCCAAGUUGCCAGUUCCUGCAGCUCACUCUGACUCAGAUGAUAGUAGCGAGACGGACCCUGGGUCAGAUGAAGACUUGGACUCAGAGGAGAUUGGGCCAGGAAGCGAAGGAGGCCUGCCUGCUGAUAUUGCAGAGCUCUUCAAGAAGCGAGUCGAGGAUUUUUUGAAAUCCAAAGGACACCUUGCUCAAACUUCAGCACCCACCGACACUAGCCAGACCACCAAAGGGACAAAGAAGAGUACUAAGCCAAAGUCGCAGACAGCAACAACUUCCAGUAAGAAGAUUGCCACUGCCACUGUUGCACGAGUUGGAGUGAGUAGCAAGAGGGUCAAGCCACCGGUACCAGUUGCGACACAACCUGAAAAACUAGAAAAGAAGCCUCAGCCACGACCGGUGCAAUGGAAGAAAGAGAAGGCUGAAGUUACCCAGGCUGCCCCUUCAACUCACCGUCACUCUAGAUCACCCCCACCAUCCCCACUCCCUUCAUUCAGCUUCUCGCCACAGGAUAUCCCAGACACCUGUCCAAACGAGGACUGCGAAGAUCUUGUUCCCUCUCCACCUUCGCCACAGCUGAUUCACAUGUUCCACAGUCUCGCAGAACACAUCCACAAAGAAGGAGAAUAUGGUCGCACUGUUCUUCGCAUUACGCUGCACAUCUGUUCAGAUAUCGCAUCUGAAAACCAGUUGUCAGAAAUACGUCAGCAGGUGGCAGAGUGUGGUUGGCCAGUAUCUGUUAAUUUCGUUGAACUUAAUGAUUUCACAUGGUCAUUGACAGCUGAUGUUGCUAAGAUCCUCUCAGAUCGCAGUGCCCGAGCUAGCCACAUCAUCUGGAGAACCCUGCUGGAUCGUGUAACCCACCAUUGCCGCAACAAGGGAGUUACGGAGGAGGAGCACCUUCUUGCUUUUACAAGAGACAAGGGACCUGCAACUGCUUUUGUCAAUGAGUUAUCGACCACUGGCUUUUUCGGUUCAAAGGGUGAGCAUAUCAUUGGGCAUGCCCUAGAAGCCAUGUUUCGUACAUCCACUGUUCCUCUUGAUGCUAUUUGACCGCUCGACCUCAAGAAGUUCACUCACUGUUUCCUAAUUCCAUAUGUUGCUACUCGUGCAAUUGCUCAUCGACUCAAUGUCAGUACAGCGGAGGCUCACACAAUUCUCUUGGAAAGCAGACCGGCUGGGAUUCAACUGCAUCCUGCACUAGACUCUGACAAAGAACUGGACCGGAUCUGCAGGUCAAACAUUCAGCGCUCUAAGUCAAACACAAUCAUCAUUCGUCCAAGUUGCACGACUCGCAAUGAAGCUCAAGGUGGUCCACCAAGGUUUCGCAGCCGGACUUGGCACAUAGAGACCACGCCACCUCCACAACCUGGACCUUCACGACAUGCGAAUGCCCUCAAGUUCUCCAAAUGUGCAAGCCAGGACAAUCCUUCACCACUGUCCCCUCUCUCCUCGAUGCCGCCAGUGAGUUUGUUUGUAGGGCUGCACACCGUCGCCG